AUGCUGCGAUUCCUCCCAGGGCCUCGCAAGAGCCCGAGCCCGAGUCUCAGCACGGAUCUUGAAUCGUCCUUGGAAGUGGACGAGGUUGGCCAUGUGCCUAUAAUGGGCGAGCAACGGAAGCCGCGACGCGCAAAGCGUUUUUUCGACGACUUCAAACGAAACGAGUCGGAUAGGUUCUUUCCGGAACACCACCUCAGCCCGGCAAACUCGCGGACGCAUCACACCCAACGUGACUACAACGGGCAUUUUGCGGAGCUGGAGAUGGCCCAGUCUGGUCUCGCCAGACGCUUGAAGGGCCGGCAUUUACAGAUGAUCGCGAUAAGCGGAUCGAUAGGAACUGGUCUUUUCGUGACGAGCGGCGCGUCAUUGGCACAAAGCGGCCCGGCGUCGCUGUUGCUGGCGUUUGCAACCGCAGGGAUUUCCAUGUAUUGCACUUGCCAGGCUCUCGGAGAACUGGCCGUCGUGUUCCCCAUAGCAGGAUCAUUCUCGUCGUGGGCAACGCGCUUCUUGGACGCAUCGUGGGGUUUCGCCCUCGGUUGGAACUAUGCUCUACAAUGGCUAGUUUCCUUGCCGGUGGAGGUGGUUGCUGCUACCGAGGUCAUCGCUUACUGGAACACGUCCUUGCCGCGGGCAAUAUUCGUGACACUUUUUGUUGGUUUGAUUAUUGCAAUCAACAUGCUUGGGGUCAAAGGAUACGGAGAAGCAGAGUUCAUAUUCGCCAUCAUCAAGAUUACUGCUGCAAUUGGCUUCAUCUUGUUUGGCAUCAUUCUCAACUGCGCGGGCACUCCAGAACGGGGAUACAUUGGAUUUGAGUACUGGAGAAACCCUGGGGCCUUCAAACACGGCUUCAAAGGCUUUUGCAGCGUCCUCCUCAACGCCGUGUUUGCAUUCAGCGGGACCGAGUUGAUAGGUCUCGCGGCAGCGGAGACCGCCAACCCCCGGAAAUCUCUCCCCAUGGCCAUCAAGCAGGUGUUUUGGAGAAUAUGUCUCUUCUACCUCAGCAUUGUCCUACUCAUCGGGCUUGUCGUACGGAAUGACGAUCCGCGGCUUAUAGAUGGAAUGAAUGAAUCAGAUGCAAAUGCGUCGCCCCUGGUCAUCGCCUUCCAGGAAGCGGGUGUACAGGUUUUGCCGUCGAUAAUUAAUGCCGUCAUUCUCGUCUCUGUUUUGUCCGUGGCCAACUCGGCCGUCUUCGGCUCUUCUCGAACACUCGCGGCAUUGGGUGCACUCAGACAAGCCCCCAAGUUGUUGGCAUAUGUGGACAGGCGAGGUCGCCCGCUUAUGGCGAUAUGCGUGGCGGCGGCCGUCGGCCUCCUCGCCUACCUUGCUGACCUUGAAGAACGAGACAAAGUCUUGGAAUGGCUAGUGGGCAUUGGAGCGCUGUCUAGCGUUUUCACCUGGGGGACAAUUUGUCUUUGCCACAUUCGAUUUCGCUCUGCAUGGCUUUCGCAACGACGCGGCAUAUAUGAACUUCCAUACCGCUCUUCUGUCGGCGUGGCAGGUUCGUAUCUCGGCCUGUUUGUGAACGCCACGAUUAUUCUCGUGCAGAUUUGGGUUGCGAUUGUUCCAAUUGAUUAUCAGACAAUGGCCAACGUGGAGUUGGCAAGGAAUGCGGUACUAAAACUGUUGAGUGGUGUCUUGAUGCUCAUCUUUUUUGUGGUCCACAAGGUCAUUCACGGGACUAGAUACGUGCGGCCUGGGGAGGUUGACCUUGUUACGGGGCGGCGGGACUAUAAUGUUCUUCUUCUCGAGUCUCUAGAGAGAGAACAACGGGCCAUGUGGCCAAGGUGGAAAAAGAUUUAUAAAUUCUUGUGCUAG